AUGGAACAACUGGUGAAGUUCAUCUCAGAGAGCAUUUCAGAUAUGACGUAUUCAUCGGGGAAGAAUUAUUACAACAACAACAACAACAUCAACAACAAUAAUAGCAUCAACAACAACAUUCUUGACGGCCAAGACAUGAAACAUCAUCGUCACCAUCAUCACCAUCACCAUCAGCAACAGCAACAUUUUCAACAGCAACAUCAACUACAACAGCAGCAGCAACAGAUGUUGCAACAACAUCAAUUCCAGCAACAUCAACAACAACAUCACUUGCCUGGAUAUGUCGAUCGCAGAGCUGGUUUUGGCCUUUCAAAUAACAUCAACAACACAUUCAAUAGCACGCCCUAUAAUAUCAUCAACAACAACAUUAGCAACAGUUUCAACAACACUAAUAAUCUACCCGAUGCCUCAAAUUAUAAAAUUAUGAGUUACAACAACAACAACAACGUUAACAACAACAGCAACAGCAGCAACAAUUUCAAUGAAUUCAACAAUUAUGUAAGCAAUCAUAAUAACAUCAACAACAAAACUGCAGAUAUAUAUAACAACAAUAACAUUAACUGUAUCAACAAUACUCUCAAUCAUUCGAACUCAACUAGUCCCGCCAUAAACUUCAACAAUGCCAGCAACAACAUUAACAUUAUUACUAAAAACAAUAUCAACGAUUACAACAACAACAACACUAACAUCAACAACAACAGUAACAACAGCAACAGCAAUAGUUCAAUGUUAAUGUCACCACCUAACAUCAUUUCACCGCGAAACAACAACAACAAACAUCUCAUGACCGAACUAUCAUCUGCACCAACAACGCCAAUGGUGAUGACGUCGACGAUGAUGAUGUCACCUGAGUUCAAGGACGAACGGGGUCACGAAAGGUCAAACUUAUAUGAUGACCCUUCCAAAGCGUCCUUCGUGCAGAGGUCACCGAGAAUAAAAAAAGAAAUAACGAACCAUCGGUAUAACAAUUGCAGCGACCCUGCUAUCAUUUUUCUGGCGUUAAUUGACGAUAAUUUAAAAUGGUUUUUUUUUUAG